GUGAUAAGUCGUGUCAUGCAAGAAGCAGAGAAGAGCACAUCUUCCGGAGCCAAGGCCGGAGUGUGCAACCGGAAGGUGGCACGUAUCGGCGUGCUGUCUUGGAACGUUGGUGGCAUCAGCGACCACCGAAAGGACCAAGGAGCUGGCCUGGAAGAGGAAGCGCAGGCAGCUGUUGCAGAUGUUCUGCAAGCUGCGGUCGCCAAGCUCGGCGCAGCAGACGUGAUAGUUGUUGGGCUGCAGGCCGUUUCAACUGGCCGUUGCACUUCAGCUCAAGAACUCAACAUGACAGCAAUCAGUGUGCAGGGCUCGGAAGCUGGCAUCGCUCUUCGGGAUUCUUGAUACACCGUCCUGCCGUACCUCCGGUCAGUCCUGCCGGCAUCCCCAAUCAAGUUUGGAACUGGCGAGGAUGCCAGGUGCGAUACCAGGUUCUGGGCGAAAACAACACCGGCCCAAGUUGUCUCUUGCUCCACGGUUUGCUGGUCAAUGCGGAUCAUUGGCGUCGCAACUUGCCUGACUUGGCCAAGGCGGGGCUUCGUGUCUAUGCACUGGACUUCCUGGGCAGCGGCUACACUGACCGGAUAGAGCCGUGCAGUCCUGAAGCGGCCGCCCUAAGCGGGGAGCGUCGAAGAAACUUGAGCGUCGCGCACGCCGAGCUUCUUCGAGGUGGAGGGUGCCGAGAAGUGGUUUCGGUCCCGCAGCUACAUCCCCUUGGCUCUGUGUACAACAUCUACACUUGGAGCGAGCAAGUCUGCGACUUCCUUGAGGAGGUUGUGAAAGAUGAUGCCUUCCUGAUUGGAAACUCUCUUGGCUCGCUGAUCGGCUUGCAAGCAGCUAUUGAUCGCCCAGAUCUUGCGCGCGGGGUCUUGCUGGUGAAUCCUCGGUUUCGACAGGAGCACGUUGCAGAGGCUCCUGCCGUCAUCAGGCCGUUCAUUGAGCUCGUGCAGAGCCUGCUGCGGGAAACGUUUGUGGGCCGAUCCCUCUUCAACCUGUUAGCCAACAAAAACGCCGUGAAAGAAAUUCUCAAAGAGCCGUACUACGACUCGUCCCAGGUGACUGACGAGCUGGUUGAUGUUUUGCUCGAGCCCCUCUUGCUACAGGGUGCGCCGGAAUCGGUUUUCGAUACCUUUUCGUACUCCACGGGGCCACUCCUGGAACAGCUCUUGCAGGAUUCUCGUUUGGCUGCUCCUGUUUGGGCAUGCUGGGGAGACAAAGAUCCCUGGACUCCGCUGCAGCGGGCCUCGGCCCUUGGUGAGCUUUCUUCUGUGAAGCGGUUGAUCGAGUUUCCAGGAGUUGGGCACUGCCCUCAUGACGAAGCACCCAAUGUGGUGAAUGCAUUGAUUCUGGAGUUCACCCGCAACUUCUCGAAAGAGAUCAUCAGCUUGACGCCCUCGAAUGCCAUGAAGGGCACGAGCAGCUUCAAGGAAUCUCGCAAGAACCAGACCUUUUAUGGCUGGCCGGAGACCGUGGCACAAUGGGUGGAGCUGCUCCUAGGUGCCCUGAACUCACGGCCUAUGCCAGCCGGAAAAAGUUUCUGCUCCUCUGACCACAGGGCCUACGUGCUGUAUGGCCAGCCUGUGUACCUGUUCGGCCUUCUGCUUUGUGUGUUUUGUCCAGCACACCUGCUGAAGCACAUUCGUGACUUUGGCAUGGCAGAGAAGCCGAUGGACCCCAGGAUCAAAUCAGGUUCCAAAGGAGCCGUCGCGUGCCGCUUUGUUCUCUGGGACCGGAGCUUCUGCUUCCUGAACUGCCACUUGGCGGCGACCACCUCAAACUCAACCAGGUAUGGCUUGCGAGAUCUGAAACAGCGACUCCAGCAACUGGAGCAGUGCUGGACAGAGAUCAAGUUCAAGUCACUUGUGAACCAGAUGGUUUAUCCUGUUCCUGCUCACCGGGCGAUUUUCCUGAUGGGGGACACCAACAUGAGGCUAGUCAACAGGGAGAGCAAGAAGGACUUCCACGCUUAUGCGUUGCAAGCCCUCGGCAAGCCGGAAGGCUACAAGGAGCUGUGGAAGUUGGAUCAACUGAGCCAGGAGAUGGCGGACUCUCCCCAGCCGUCGCUCUUUCCGCAGAAGAGCCUCGGAUGUCUCAGUGUGCCCCACGAGCGCCUGCUGUCCCAGUGGCGUGAACCCUUCGCCGACGCCCAUCAGGGCCCGCCCUUUCCUCCAACUUUCAAGCUCGCAGUGCCAGGCCCUGGAUUCAGCAAAAAGCGCGUGCCGGCCUGGACAGAUCGAGUCUUGUUCAGCGGAGAGCAUGCGGAGCCUUUGAAGUAUGGCUCUGUGGAGCAAAUCCAGGUGCUCAACCCACCACACAAUGUCUCGGAUCAUGACCCAGUGUAUGCGUUCUUCGAGGUGGAGUGCAUGGCCAUUCAUCCGAGGCGGCUCGGCACGCUGGCGCGGGAGGUAAGAAGCGCGACAAAGGAGCCGAGGGAGGAACCGCUCGCACGAAGUCCGACCACGCAGUUGCAAGCGUUGCAGCAGGAUCAAACGUUUGGCGGUGGCAUGCUGGCUACGAAUCAGCCCGAUAUCGACGAGAUUUCGAGGAAGCUGUACGAGCAAGUGACGUCCUUGCCUGUCUGCCAUGCUGUCCCUGUGCCCACAAACUUGAUGGCCCUUCUUAGCCUCGGGCCUCUGCUGGCUUUCUGUGUUGCCUCGUCCUCGAUUCUGGCCGUUGCUGCCGAUGAGUGUGCACGGAAAGACGAAAGCUGCAGGGAAAGUGUAGACCAUGAGGCCAGUUUUGUACAGGUCAGGAGAGAGCACUUCAGGAACGGCUCUUGUGCCGGUGACAUCUUUACCACCGUUGCCAAGAACAUCGGCGGCGGGACCCUGUCCGAAGAGCAGAUAGCCACAACACUCGCGCAUGGCUGCGAUCCCACGAAGUCCAGCUACUCAAAGCAUUGCCCAGAAGUGAAGGAGUUGCACACGAAGGCCUAUGUCCAUACACUUCAGAGACUUAAUCGUCUCCUGCUCAAGUUUGGGUCGGUGGCAGCGUCGUUCGAUGACUUCAGCAUGGUGUCGCUCUACAACUGCAUCUGGCACAACCGUCACAACCCUGGCGACACGUUCGGAGACGAACCGUUCGACACAUGCACUGAGGACCAGCUGUGUGCGAUGAUAACUACUGCAGAGGAAUAUGAGCACCAAAUGCCCGAAGUUUCUCUCGAAGCAUUGCGGAAGAGCCGCGUGCAUCGCGAGUUUCGAGGAUCGCAUGCUGGAUGGCCCGGAACAGGGAAGGACUUCCCGAUGGUCCGGGUCUCUCUGCUACACAAAUCAGAUGGGACGGCAGCAGCCCCUGAAACUAUUCUGGGGCGGGGUGGCUUGCGGCUCUCUUCGGUGAGUGGAGGAUGGGCGAAACGGUCCACUCUUCACCUCGAGCCAAAGUAUUCAGAGGGCUUCCAGAUCGCUUGGGGAAAGAUACGCGAUGGCAUGCUUCCAAACCAGGUGCUGGGAGGGCCUCCGCUCCAUCUGGAAAGUGGUUUGGUGGAGGCGGCGCCUGGGAGCCUGGUCCGGAACUUCUCGGAUACGCCGGUUGCCGCGAAGAUGCCUCCUGCUGCAGGAAGUCCCAUCACCCUUCUGGUGAUCGGCGACUCUUGCAAUGGUAACAUGUUUGGUGGCGGCCAGUGCGUUUUUCGUGACUACUAUGGAGUGAACAAGACACUCCCAACUCUUUUGAAUGCUGCCUUGCCCAGCACCGAUGUCUGGUACUUGACAGGUGACAACUUCUACGACCGCUACGGCGUGUUCUCCGUGAGUGUAUUUGCACAGCUUGAACCCGCUGCACAGGGCGUGCCGCUGCUGUCCACGCCUGGGAAUCACGACUACUGGUUUGAGGGGAUUCCAGAGUUCGCCCUCGACGACUCCUUCCUGGGCUACGACCAGUUCGGGUUUGGUGGGGCGCAGUUCUACGCCAUGGACACGGCGGCCUCUUGGGCUCCCCAGGCACCCCACGAGGACUUGACCUCACCCAAAGGCCGCCCAGCCUCGCAAUUCUCACAGGCGCCGGCCUUUUUGGAUCUCUCCGGGAAGCCCAAGGAGCAUGCCAAGGCAGUGAACUUCCAACACUACAGCAUCGCCGGCAACGUCGGUUUCAUCGUCAUCACCUGCGUCGGGGGAGAUCCCCGGCCCUUUGUCAAGGAGGCAUGCACCUUCAUGAAGCAGAAGAACCCUGACCUGGUCUUGCUUCUUGGCCAUUGGAACAAGCCAGGCAGUGGCUGCACCACUGGCUGGGACGUGCCGAAUGUCACAGCCUGGGCGCUUGAUCACUCAGACUGUGCUGCUUUUCGGGGUGAGUCAGGUGAGGCACCCUAUGGCUCAAAAGGAAAAGCAGCAACACGCAUGAAGUUCAUAGUUGGUCAUCAGCACUGCAACUGCAUGACCAGCUUUGAGCAAACUUUGAAGGACGGCUGCUUGGAUGACCAUACAGAUCCGUCUAAAGUUGACGGCUUCAUAAUUGGCUCACAUGGGAUGAGCUGGGAUCCACAGCAUUCUCCAAAAUGCAGCUCGCGUUUUGGCUUGCCGGUGCUUCGCACAGAUGGAGGCAAACUGACCUUCGCGUAUGCAAAGCUGUCUCUGGAUACAUGGCUGACGCACUGCAAGCCCUGGGAAAUAUUCUGCAAAGACCGGCCAGGUGAAGUGUCACGAACAGAUUUGUGGAAAUCUUGGUUCACAUUUACGCCGUCGCACUGGUCACCGAGGGUCGCAGGCCCCUACGGAAAGGGCAUCAUCCGAGAAAAGAUGGAUGGCCUUGUGGCCUGCCUGAGAGAGAAAGGUACGAGCGAAUGCUCAAAGGAUGCAAACCUCUUUGACCAGUGGUACUCCAACGAAUUAAAGUAG